UUGUUAUAUGUAUGAGUUUAAAAAAAAUACGUAUAUUUUUCAGUGGACAAAUUUUCUUUUCAAAAAGGUCGAUUUCGAAUUUUGUGUAAUGUGAAUUUGUUUUUGUGGUUAUUUAAAAAAAAAUCAAAUGUCGAGUUACGGCAGCACGUCGCCGUCUGAUGAAGGGUUCGAUAGGUACGAGCCUCCCUUCUACUGCCCCCCAUCGCAUCAAGGUAGCCCAAUGGAUGGUGGGGUGUACUGGCCGGGGAAUAGCGAAGCCCAUGAGUUCGAUGCCCAGGAUGUGUACCAUGACAACAGUCAUUAUAUUGGCAGAAGCUAUGGUUACGAAGAAAUGCAACUGGCCAGCAAUGAACCGUACGAAAUAUAUCACAGUAAUAUGAUACAUCACAAUUACACGCAGAAUAAUCCAGGCAUGGACUGUGAAAUGCAAACGUUACCGCGCUACGAUCGGGCGCCGCCAUCUUUUGUGAGAGUUGUCAAACGACGAACAACAGCCAAUAAGAAGGAGAGGCGGCGAACACAAAGCAUAAACACAGCGUUCACAGACUUAAGAGAAUGCAUACCAAAUGUACCGCCAGAUACAAAACUUUCGAAGAUGGUGCGACCGAGAUCGCAGAGCAUCAAUACCGCGUUCUCUAAGCUUAGAGAUCGUAUCCCAAGCGUCCUACCUGACACAAAGAUGACUAAGAUAAAAACCCUCCGUCUCGCCACGUCUUACAUCUCCUACCUCCUGAAAGUUCUGGAAACGGAUGGAGAGCCAGCUGGUGGGUUCAGGGCUGAACUACACCAUACCCCACCGAGGAGGAGAAAUGCUGAUCACACGUCGCAGAACUCAUCAGAAAAGAAAGGCAAAGGACGCACCGGGUGGCCUCAACACGUCUGGGCGUUAGAAUUGAAAACCGAACAGAAUUUGCAAACAUAACUUAUAUUAAUUAACUGUAACUUAAAUUAAUUUAACUGUAAUUAUAGUCAAAUUAUUUUAAUUUUAAAGCAAUUUUAAUUUAAUAAGAUUAUUAGUAUUUACUAUAUAUUUCUUGCAUAUAUAUUUAUGAUUAUCUGUUAAAUUAAAUUAAAUUUAGUGUUGAUAUCAGUGUAGCAUUUUUCCCGCUAAUUUUUUAACCAUUUUCAUGAUUGUCAAAAAUGUA